GAAAGAAAAAGAGUGAGUCGUCGCCGGAGACUGGAGUUUUUCCGGGAAGAAGAAAUGGGAGACGGAAGAGAAGGAGAUUGGGAAUGUUUAGGUUGCAGAAACAGGAAUUAUGCGUUUAGAUCAUUCUGCAAUAGAUGUAAGCAGCCUCGUCUUUUCAUGGAUAACAAUACUUCUCCAAACUCUAAGUGGCUUCCUCGUAUCGGAGAUUGGAUCUGCACUGGUUGCACUAACAACAAUUAUGCAUCACGAGAAAAGUGCAAGAAAUGUGGGCAACUUAAGGAAAUAGCAGCAUUGUCAGCACUUUCAAUCCCUGGAGCUUCUCUUCAGACUCAUCUCCAUUUCUUCACCCGUGGACCUGAGUCAGUUGAUCAAUCUGGUUCCUUACUUGCAUUCUCUAACACUGCAACUCAAGCUUCGGUUCAUAAAGAAUGGAGGAGCGGUGACUGGAUUUGCAGAUGUGGUUUUCACAAUUAUUCCUCUCGUAUACAGUGCAAAAAGUGCAAUGAAACAGCUCCAUUAACCCUUGGAACAAAGAGAUUAGCAUCAGAAGCUUUGGCUCAUGAAUGGGAUAGCAAAAGACUGAAUCAAGGAUUUACAAGCAUGCAAACACAGUCAGCGAUAUAUGCAUCUUUUCCUGGUAUGAGCCCAGGAAGGGUCUCAAAUUGGCAACUUCCUCUCACGUUUCUACAGCAACAUUCAACACCUGCUUUACUUGGAAAGGGAGCGAAACAAUGGCGUGAUGGCGACUGGAUGUGUACAAAUUGCAAGAAUCACAAUUAUGCAUCUCGAGCAGAGUGCAAUAGGUGCAAGACUACACGAGAUAUUCUUAAUCAGGACAUAACUCCAACACGACAAUCUUGAAGAAUCAUGAAGAGUGUUCUUUAGUGUAUCACAAUUUGGUUUGUUGUUUUUGUUUGUGAUUUGGCUACACAUUAUUCGAAACUAAC